AUGGCAGGCUGGACACCCAUCAACCCGCAUCCUCGCAUCAGCGACCUCGACCCCUCUUCCUUCGACUACGCCGCCUAUCCGUGGGAGGACAUCACCGUCACCCUCAGCCCCACCGGCGUUGCCAUUCUGUACCUCAACCGUCCGACCCAGUACAACACGUUUACGGGCGCCAUGUCGUACUCGAUCGUAUUCGCGUUCGAGCUCUUUGACGCGGACGAUCGGGUCAAAGUCGCAAUCAUCACAGGUGCGGGGGGCAAAGUCUUUUGCGCCGGGGCUUACCUGGCGCAGGGCUUUGGGGCCAUUGCGGAUCAUGCACAGGGUCAUCGUGACGGAGGAGGGCAGGUGGGGCUGGCGAUUCUGAGGUGUAGGAAGCCGAGCAUCGCCGCUAUGAACGGAAAUGCUAUCGGGAUUGGAGUGACAAUGACCCUCAGCUGCGAUUUCAGAUUGGUUGCCGAAAACGCAAAGGUGGCGAUUCCCUUCGUGCAGCGCGGGAUUGCGAUGGAGGCUUGCUCGAGCUAUCUCUUGCCCCGCCUGGUCGGCGUGAGCAAGGCCAUGGACAUCAUCCUCACCGGCGACGUGCGCUCUCCCACAGACGAAAGCUACAUGGCGCUGUGGACCCGAAGCCCCUUGCCACAGGACCAGGUUCUUCCGGAGUCGAUUAAGCUCGCAGAGAAGCUGGCUAAGAACAGCAGCGUCUCGAUGGCGCUGUGCAAGGCUCAGAUCUGGCGUCAGGUGGAUUCGCCGGAAGACGCGCAUCUGCUCGAAUCUCAGGGGAUUUGGGAGACCAGUCGGCUAGAUGGGUUGGAAGGAGCCAAGAGCUUCCUCGAGAAGCGACCGGCGCAGUUUCCAGGGACGAUGCGCGAUCUCGAACGGUUCGCCUUCUGGCCCUGGUGGCGACAGGCGGAUGUAGCCACCUACCCUCGUGGGCCAGAGUCCCUCCGUGCCGCUGCCGCCAAGAGCAAGCUCUAA